GCUUCCGGGUAGAAUCUCAGUCAGCCCUGUGUGAAAUGGAUGUGAUGGGCUGUUGAUUAUGUUAGCUCUUACACGUGUUAGAUUACUUGUGUAUUUUGGAAGAGAGCUCAUUUGCAUCGGAGUUUGAACCGAAGCGCGGUUCGGGUUGUGUUCGAUUGUUAGAGCGCUCGUUUCUGACUGCUUACAGGUUCGAGUUCGGUUAAAAAUAAAUAAAUAAAUAAAUAAAAAUCCCGCAGCAUCUCUUGUGUUAGCAGUGAGUGAGUGAUCUGGUUAAAGUCCCGGGUGGACGGACAGCUAGGUUUCUCAGAGUGAAAUGUGUGACAGACCCGUUGUGUAGACACACACACACACAGCACGCCUUUAAGACUUUUAAAUACUCUUUCGUGACCCUUUAGCGGGUUUUGUUUGUCCUGCUUGCUGUUUUGUUUUAAACAUUACCCCGGUCGGAGGCUGUAGGACAGCAUGGGGGCGUACCUGUCGAAGCCCAAUACGGAGAAAAGCAUAGCUGAUGGAGGAAACCACAAACUGAGCUACGGACUCGCGGCCAUGCAGGGAUGGCGCGUCUCAAUGGAGGACGCUCAUAACUGCAUCCCUGAGCUGGAUGAAGACACGGCGAUGUUCGCGGUUUAUGAUGGACACGGAGGUGAAGAGGUUGCUCUGUAUUGCUCCAGGUAUUUACCGGAUAUCAUAAAAGAGCAGAAAGCAUAUAAAGAUGGGAAACUGCAAAAGGCUCUGGAAGACGCUUUCCUAGCUAUAGACAGCCACAUUACCUCCGAGGAGGUUAUCAAGGAGCUUGUUCAGAUUGCUGGCCGCCCACAAGAGGAGGCAGCACCAGAAAAAGUAGCAGACGAAGAUGAUGUGGAUAAUGAGGAAACGGCUCUUCUGCACGAAGAGGCCACAAUGACAAUUGAGGAGCUGCUUGUCCGCUAUGGGCAGAACCUGAAUAAAUUGGCCAAAAAGCCUGGACAGGACGCCCCCAAAGAGCUGGGAGACAGAGCGAACAUCCAUGCAGAUAAAGGGAUCAACGGUGAGACGGAAUGCGGGGCAUCUGAAAUGGACAGCAAUGGAAAAGCAAAGUUGGACGAGACAGCUGGAGCCUCCAAAGUGAGGGCAUGCAGGAGAGCAGCCGGCUCCUGUGGGGGGAGCUCUGCAGCUGGAGACUCGUCUGAGGGGGAGAAAGCAGGAGCCACAGUGGACGCUGGUCCUUCCUGUUCCUCCUCUGCAGCACCCACACCAGGAAGUACCAAAUCCAAGUUCUUUGAGGACAGUGAUGAAUCAGAUGAAGGGGAGGAUGAAGAGGAGGGCAGUGAUGAAGAGGACUGCAGUGAGCAGGACGGUGAGGACAGCAGUGAGAAUGAAGAGGAUGACACGGAAGAGGAGGAGGACACCGAUGAAGAAGAAGAAAUGUGUUUGCCAGGAAUGGAUGGGAAAGAAGAGCCCGGUUCAGACAGCGGGACUACAGCUGUAGUGGCUCUGAUCCGUGGCAAACAGCUAAUAGUAGCUAAUGCUGGAGACUCUCGCUGUGUCGUCUCGGAGAGGGGCAAAGCAGUGGACAUGUCCUACGAUCACAAACCAGAAGAUGAAUUGGAGCUGGCCAGAAUAAAGAACGCAGGAGGCAAAGUCACAAUGGACGGCCGUGUCAACGGAGGUCUAAACCUCUCCAGGGCCAUUGGGGACCACUUUUACAAGAGGAAUAAGAACCUUCCGCCUGAGGAGCAGAUGAUUUCUGCUUUACCAGACGUCAAAGUACUGACUCUAAAUGAAGAGCACGAAUUCAUGGUGGUUGCUUGUGAUGGAAUCUGGAAUGUAAUGAGUAGCCAGGAGGUUGUGGACUUUGUAAAUGAGAGAUUGAAAACAGAAGGAAAUGAAGCCAAGCCACUGUCUGCUGUUAUUGAAGAGCUGCUUGACCACUGCUUGGCACCAGACACAUCUGGCGAUGGAACAGGCUGUGACAACAUGACUUGUAUGAUCGUCACAUUCAGCCCCCACACCGGUAACAACAUGGCUGAGAACGCCAAGAAACGCAAGCUGGAGGAGCAGGUGUCCGAGGAGAACGGCAACGACAGCAAAAAAUCCAAAACAGAAUAAAGCUACCACCAGUGUUCACGAUACACUUUUAAUGCUCUCCUGAUGAAGUCAAAUCAGACACUGUUUUUCUCGCUACACGACUCAACCGGACUUUUUAUGAUGGAUGACUCCCCAAGAAAAUAUUUUAGUUUGAAAUAAUUUGAAGGUGCAAGAAAAUUGAACUGUAUACCAGCCAUUUGUCGUCAUUUUUUUUUUGUAAAGAAUUUGUUUUGAGACCCUUAACGCAUCGACAUGAACGAGUGGAGCUGUCACUCAAAGGACAGCAGUCACUUCAGUUAAAAAUUGUGAACAUUUAUGUGAACAUAGCCUUGUAUAUAAGUUUUCAAGGAACUACUUGUAAUUUUUUUUUUCCAUUGUUGGUAUCUGUGAUGCUCUGCACAAUUGUUCAAAUACACUUUUUUGUAAAUUGUGAUUGAUGCAAUUGUUUUAAAUUUGGAGACAAAACAAGCAGAUCAGCAGGAAAGAAUAAUAAGAGAUGAAAUCCAUGCAAGCUACAUUUGAAACGUUACUAAUCAAUCCUUUUGUUUGUGGUAUGUAUCAACAAAUGUUUAUGUAUUUUAUCCGUCCUCUUGAGGCUCACAGUGUAACGAGUUUUUUUUUUUUUUUUCCGGUUCUUGAGUGGACAUACAAAUUGAAUGACUUGAUGUCUGCAGAGAUUCAGUAGUGCAGCUGUAGGGUGGGAGCCUUCAGUGAGAGCCAGUCAUCUGUACAUAUGUCUUGUGUCUCCCUCAUACAGCUCAAUAAGGUUUCUAUACAAGGUAUUUUGGAAAAUAUAUUUUGGUACUUUUUAGCAUCUUUGGGAGUUCUCUGAGACAACAGUGAACAGUGCUUAGGAUGACCUUUUCCUGAAACAAUAAACAAGUGGAGACAAA